AUGAUGGUGCACUGUGCCGGUUGCGAGCGGCCCAUCCUCGAUCGCUUUCUGCUGAACGUGCUGGACCGCGCGUGGCAUAUCAAAUGCGUUCAGUGCUGCGAGUGUAAAACCAACCUCUCGGAGAAGUGCUUCUCACGCGAGGGCAAGCUCUACUGCAAAAAUGACUUCUUCAGGCGCUUUGGCACCAAGUGUGCAGGCUGUGCGCAAGGCAUCUCGCCCAGCGACCUGGUACGCAAGGCCCGCAGCAAAGUCUUCCACCUCAACUGCUUCACCUGCAUGGUCUGCAACAAGCAGCUCUCCACGGGCGAGGAACUCUACGUCAUCGACGAGAACAAGUUCGUGUGCAAGGACGACUACCUGAGCUCGUCCAGCCUCAAGGAGGGCAGCCUCAACUCGGUGUCGUCCUGUACGGACCGCAGCUUGUCCCCGGAUCUCCAGGAUCCACUCCAGGACGAUCCCAAGGAGACCGACAACUCGACGUCGUCGGACAAGGAGACGGCCAACAACGAGAACGAGGAGCAGAACUCGGGCACCAAGCGGCGUGGCCCGCGCACCACCAUCAAAGCCAAACAGCUGGAGACGCUGAAGGCCGCCUUCGCCGCCACGCCCAAGCCCACGCGCCACAUCCGCGAGCAGCUGGCGCAGGAGACCGGCCUCAACAUGCGCGUCAUCCAGGUGUGGUUCCAGAACCGACGGUCCAAAGAACGCCGGAUGAAACAGCUGAGCGCCCUGGGCGCCCGGAGACACGCCUUCUUCCGGAGUCCGAGGCGCAUGCGUCCGCUGGGCGGUCGCUUGGACGAGUCGGAGAUGUUAGGGUCUACUCCGUAUACCUACUACGGAGACUACCAAGGAGACUACUACGCGCCAGGGGGCAACUAUGACUUCUUUGCGCACGGCCCGCCGUCGCAGGCUCAGUCCCCGGCCGACUCGAGCUUCCUGGCCGCCUCCGGGCCCGGCUCGACGCCGCUGGGCGCGCUGGAGCCGCCGAUCGCCGGCCCGCACACCGCCGACAACCCCAGGUUCACCGACAUGAUCUCGCACCCGGACACGCCGAGCCCCGAGCCGGGCCUGCCGGGCUCUCUGCACCCUAUGCCGGGCGAGGUGUUCAGCGGCGGCCCCAGCCCCCCCUUCCCCAUGAGCGGCACCAGCGGCUACAGCGGACCCCUGUCUCACCCCAACCCUGAGCUCAACGAGGCUGCCGUAUGGUAA